CAUCCCCGAGACAUUGCCCACCAACUCAGCCUCUCAAACGCAAAUAAAUUCCUAAACGGCUCCGAGGACACACGCAAGCACGGGAUCGAUCAAACGAAAGUCCGCGAAUGGAUUUCUCAGAGCAAGACGUAGAUGUGUUCGGAGAGGACCACGACGACGACAAUCGAACCCACGAUGUCCAACAAGAUGGGGCACACUCAUCGUCACCGUCGUCGUCCUCGUCGUCGUCAUCCGCCGCCUCGUCAUCAGCAUCGUCGUCGUCGUCCGCGUCUUCGUCCAGUAGCGCCAGUGGGAGCGCAAGCAGUGGAGGAGAAGAAGAAGUGGAAGGGAAUGGUGAAGAGGUGGAGAACAACAAUGGGGGGCAUCAUGGGGGCGAAGAAGAUAAAGAUCUGUUUGGGUCUGAUAACGAAGAUUACUGUAAAACCCCUGUUAUUAGUCCCUACACAAUUCCUGUAUUGCCUACUAUUCGCAAUGCUAACAACCCGGGCAGAGGAAAUUAUGGUCGUGGCCGUCCUAUGAAUGGUAGAGGAGGAGCAGGCCUCCUUCCCCGACCUGGACCUUAUCCUCAGAGACAGAACUUUGGUUAUGGCCCGAAGUUUAUGAAUGGUCGUCGUGAUGAACGCUUUGUUUCUGAACUAAAGCUUUCAAAGAGUGAAGAAACAUUAUCACGAAAACGUAUUGCUCUGCAGGAGCCAAGCGAACUUGCUUAUUAUAGUCGUGCAGAAGAUGGAGAGGUCUACUUUGAUGAUCGCAGCUUGAGGCUUUUUAAGCGUCUUAUAAGUGAAGAUAUUGGAGCUGAUCUGAAUCAAGGUUUUGAUACCUUUACCGAGAAAAGAGAUUUGGGCUCUCAGGGUUUUGGUGAUCUUCUUGCUUGCAUAAGAGACAAAAAUAUUCCACUUCAAAACAUGCAUUUUGUGACUUACCGUAACAACCUCAAUAAGAUAUUAGCUACUGCUUAUAUUCGACAUGAGCCUUGGGAAAUGGGUGUGCACAAGAGAAAUGGGGUCAUCUAUCUUGAUGUGCAUAAGCUGCCAGAAAGGCCGAAAAGUGAGUUGGAACGUCGAAGAUGUUAUUGGGGAUAUUGUUUUGAGAGCCUUGCCACUGAAGAUCCAAGAAGAGCUGACGGAGAAGGGAUUCAUCAUGUUGAUGCCAAUGCAGAAUAUUGUUCUGUCAUUAAAACAAAAUUAGGGGCUCAUCGUAUUUUGAUGGGUGCCGAAAUGGAUUGCUGUGAUUCAACUGAUGAAGGAAGGAGGUUCUAUGUAGAGUUAAAAACAAGUCGUGAGUUGGAUUAUCAUACUGAGGAAAGAUAUGAGAGAGAGAAACUGCUCAAGUUCUGGAUUCAAUCUUUCCUGGCAGGUGUUCCUUAUGUUAUUAUUGGGUUCAGGGAUGAUGCCGGCCGACUUGUUCGAACGGAGAGGCUAAGAACCAAAGACAUAACGGAACGGGUGAAAAUGAAAAACUAUUGGCAGGGAGGAGUGUGCCUGGCAUUUGCUGACGAGGUAUUAUGCUGGCUUUAUGGAACAGUCAAAGAGAAUGAAGACUACAUUUUGCAGUUUGCUCAACCUUUCAAUCGAUUAGAGCUUCUACAAGCACAAUCUUGCCCAGAAGAAAUUACUAACCAUGUCGAGCAAUUGUAAACAUUUUGUGGACUCCCCACAGUUCUGUAUAGUACACAUACAGACAGAAAUCAGUUGAGGAUAAAUUAUUAGCUUUAAUUAUAUGCCUCUCUUUUUUU